CUGCCAGUAGGGCGGCAGUAUUGUGGCGGCAAGCGUCGCGUCCGCAUCGCUGUCGUCUCGUAACCUUGAGCGCGCCUGUUCGCGUCUGUACGCUGCGCUCUCUGGCGAGCGCAUACAGCCGCGUACGCGCGCUGAAAACCGGCUCUAUAAUACGACUAACCGUUACACGCACACAUACACACACACCGAUGAGCGAGAGCAGAUUCGGAUCUAGAGCUUGAACUAUAGGCAUCUACGUACGAGUACGACAUAUUAUAAGAGGACCGGGAGUGCGCUGCUGCCGUCGCCGCCGACGUCGUCGCAAUAUUAAUAGAAGAGGCGGCCGAGCCGCGGCGGUGUGGAGAGGAGGAAAGAGACCAAGUGGAGGGCAGUAGCUGUACGCUAGAUCUCAGCUGUCUCUCGCGACGCGACGGGACGAAACGUACAAUAAGCUGUCCCUUGCUGUACAUGCACAGCGAUUUUGUGAGCGGUGCUCUGUGCGGAGGGAAGAGGAUAAUAUAGUUACGAGAGCCAAGAGAGAAGAAGAGUUGGGGAAAAACCCAGCCCGGAGAGGGAUGACCAUCCGACCUGCACGAUGACCGUCGCCUCCGUGACCCCGAUGAUUUGAUCGAUCAGCCCAGCAGAAACUCGGUAAGUUCAAAUGGCUUUAAUUGGGUGUAAGAAGCGUACGGCGUGAGUUUUACCUUUGGGUUUCUUUACAACGAUUGCUAAACUACGCAACGUAGCAAAUGACAUGCGGUAAAAAUUCGAGUCGGACAGAUUUAUUAAUUUCGUUACACACAGCUGUCGCUUAUAAGGUAACAUAAGGCGGUGCAGAGAGCUGUGCAUUGGCGCGAUGGGCUCGGCGACAAGCGCUACUGGCUCCGACAGCAAGGAAGCGGCCCGAAGGAAGCAGCAGCAGCGGGGGCUGUCGAGCUUGGCGGGAUUUAUCGACGGCACCGAGGCAGCAACGGCGGCAGUAGCAGCAGAAGCAGUAGCCACUAUCGCCGUCCCGAUGUAGGCCUGCAAAAAGCGCGCGCGAGGGGGCGUCGUUCUCCAGUCUCGGUCGGCUGCCGGACAAGCAGCCCGACGAGAUAGCAGAGAUACACACCUCGCACCGAGAGCCAAGCAGGAGGUAGAGGAAGGCAGAGCGAGAGAGAGAGAAAGCCAAGCUCAGUUAUAGCAGCAGCAGCAGCACAAAACACAGAGCCGCCACGACGUCCAGCAGCAGCCUGAGCCGCCGCCAGUUCCGCGUCGUCCUCCACCCUACGUGGCCUGCACUAUUACCUGAUAAGAGCUGGAGAAGCGGCCGCAGCCGCAGCUGCCUCGGAGCUCUGAGGAGCUGGAGGAUUUGCAAAAACUGCUGCACUUCCCGGAGGAGGUGGCGCUCAGAUUGGCCGAGAGCGAGUACCAGCUGUUUUACCAGGUGCCGCCCGGCGAGUACCUCCGUCACGUCUCACAGGACUUCACGGCCUCGCAGCAGCGCCAGCAGCAGCAACAGCAGAGAGAUCAGGCCAAGGGCGAAGCUUCUAGCGAUACCAGCCAGACGGCCGGUCCAAGCCUCACCAGCAGCUCGACCCAAACCGAGGACGAGGCCUGCUGGCCUACCUCCACGGCCUCCGUCAGCGUGCAGACACUCAUCGAUCGCUUCAACGAGGUGAACUCAUGGGUGAGCCACGUGAUAAGCAGCGGAUCUACGGUCGAGGAAAGGCAAGCCUUGCUCUCGUGUCUGCUGAGAGUGGCUCAGACCUGCUGGAAUAUCGGCAACUUUAAUUCCGCCAUGGAAAUUGUCGCUGGUCUCAAAUCGAAUAAGCUGAAGCCUUUCUGGCAGACUGUAAGCGAACAGAUCCCAGUCUUGGAUUACCUCUCUUCCGCUCUUCUGUCUUCCGAGUAUGAACAUGCCCUGGCCCGCGCCCUGUCGAUGCCCGAGUGCCCCGUGGUGCCCUUCUUCGGAGCGUUCUUGCGCGAGCUCCGGGAGGUCAUCGCUAACGCCUCGAAGCAUCCUCCGGAGAGCAGAGAGAAAGAGACUUUGCGCGCUAGCAGUAAGGAGGGCGAGUCCCUCGAAAACGUGCCUUUACCCUCGCCCGGCGCGAGAGUCAUCGGCGUCGAGGGUGGCGUGGCCGGAACACCGGUAGCCACCCUCGACGCAGCCCAGCCUCACCAUCUCCACCUCCACCAUCACCACCAUCAUCACCAUCACCAUCACCAUCACCAUCAGUCCCAGCACUCCAGCCACGAGGCCGAUCAGCAGCAGCAACGUCGGCGCACGUUCGAGCGAGCCGAGAGUCGCUCGGAGCAGCCGCUGUCGCCGCGCCGCAGAAUCUCCGAGAACGAUGGCACGACCGCGGGCGUCCUCGAUAAGGUCAUGCUCUUCCACCAACACCGACACGCUCGGGGAAGAGACGCGACCACGGGCUCGCUCCAUCGCACACUGAGCGUGCACACGACGACCCUGGAGCAAACGUACAUGUCCGAGGAGUGCGACGAGAACGACUACCAUCUGGAUCUCGACUCCUACCGGCCGGUACAGCCCCUCAAACACGACCAUGGGGUCUCCCUCUUCCCCGUCGCAGCGCCGCAGAACGGCAUGGAUCUGCACUUGUUACAGCUGCUGCAUCACGGUACGACGCUGGUACACUGGGAGUGCGAGGGUGGGGCGUCGCGCACCGCCCUGGUGUUCGCGCGGGUCGACCGGGCCUGCGGCACCUUCAUCUGGGAAAAACCGAGCUGGAGUCCGCUGAAAACGGGCGUGGGCAGCAGCAGCCUUGGUCCGAUCUCGGCCGACUACAACCUGGCUGUGAACGCGGAGGACGGGGUGACCAGUGGCCUGGUGCAGCGUUACUCGGCCCAGCCGCCGGACUGCUCCACGGUCACCCUGGAGGAGGGCCACCUCGACCUCUCCUGCGUGAAGGAGGUCAUGAUCGGCUGCUGCGACCGUGACCGAGAUCAGGACCUCCGGUCGAUCUGCAAGAGGUACGGCCUGCCCGGCUCGGAUUCCUGCAUCGGCCUCAUGUACGGCGCCAACCUCUCCGACAACCGGCUCAUCUUCCUGCUCUGUCCGCCGGCCCUCAGCAAGAUCUGGUACAUGGGUCUCUGCUGGAUCCUGCGUGGCCUGAAGCGCCAGCAGCAGCUGACGGAUCGGCGCUCGCGCUGGCUCAAGGAGAAGUACCUGCAGCUCUACUUCGACGAGGGCUGCGUCGAGCCUAUGACCGCGGACGCGAUACGCGUCUUCGGCGGCCGCGACUGGUCCAUGACGGAGAGCGUGGGCACACUGUCACCGACGAGCAGCAGCACGAUGCGCAAGCGAAACGUCAAGAGCAAGAAGACCAAGUCCAUCGGGAAUAUUCACGCGCUGACAAAGGACCUGAGCUUCAAGCAGUACGAGACCUCGUCGUCGGACGGCGGCUUGUCGGCGACGCCUCUUCGUCACAUGCAGGGCAGCAGGGAGUCUUUGACGAAAAUCAUUCCGGCCUCUCCGCGCUCGAGCAGAGAUCGCAUACCUCCCCGCAGUCCGCCCGGCUCGGCCGAGCGAGUCGUCAGUCUGCCUUACGCCAGCCUUCAAAGCCUAUUGUGUGUUGCCAGAGACAAAGAGAAGAACGGCUCGAGUGGCGGCGGUGGCGGCAUCGCCGGAGCCAGCGGGGGCAGCGGCAGCGUCCCCGGCCUUGGGCUGUCCACGGGCUUCGAGGCCCCGUGGCAGGUGAAGGCGCGCGCCACCUCCAUUAUGUACGAGACCCAGCUGAACUUCGUCGAAUUCGUCGCGCUCUUCAGGUCGUUCAGCCUGAGGGCGCGCAAGGACCUGAGGGACCUCUUUGGCCAGCUGGCCAUCACCUGCCGCAGCCAGAGCGACGGCUCGCUGCGCGACUUUAACAUACGACCGUCGGUCCUGAGACAGACGAGCGACGCAACACCACAACGAAUCGGUCUAUUAACACGCAACAAUUCCAUCGACUGUCACGAGUACAAAAGCAGCAGUAACCUACACAAGAAGCAAAUUUUCGACGCCAUAGCAGCCGCAAGCAUUGUGAACAAUUGCUCCGGCGUGGAUACCUCCAAGUCCCAGGUCAUAACGCUCGCCACCUUCACCAAGUUUCUCGAAUCGCGCCAGCAGGAAAAACUCAGCGACGAUGAGAUCAAGGCUCUCAUUAAGAGGCACGAGCCUGAUCCAGCGCUGCGCACACAGUGGUGUUUGUCUUUCGAGGGCUUCGCCCGUUACAUGAUGGACAAGGACAAUUACGCCUUUCCGAACGAGUACGCCCUGCCGGCCGAGUGCGAGAUGCAGCAGCCCAUGUCCCAGUACUACAUAGCCAGCUCGCACAACACUUACUUGACCGGGCACCAGCUCAAGGGCGAGUCCUCGGUGCAGCUCUACUCCCAGGUUCUGCUGACCGGCUGUCGAUGCGUGGAAUUGGACUGCUGGGACGGUGAUGACGGCUCGCCUCUAAUCUACCACGGGCACACUUUCACCACGAAAAUCCCUUUCCGCUCCGUCGUCGAGGCGAUUGACAGGAGCGCCUUCGUAAGCUCGCCAUACCCCGUCAUACUAUCGAUAGAGAAUCACUGCUCGCAGAGUCAACAGGCACGAAUGGCCCAGAUCUUUCAAUCCGUGUUCGGAGAGAAGCUGGUGACGAAAUUCCUCUUCGACUCGGACUUCGACGACCCGCAGCUGCCGUCGCCGUCGCAGCUUCGCUACCGCAUACUCAUCAAGAACAAAAAACUGGUGGUCGACCCCACGGGGCCGCUGGUGCCGCUGCCAGCGGCGCACCGCGGCAAAAUGCUCAUGUCCGAGCGGGCCUCCUCGAUGAAGCAGAUGCGGACGGACAUCAGCAGCCCCCCCGUCGUCGACUAUUACAGCGAAGAUGAGGACGACGACGAGGACGACGACGAGGACGACAACGUCGACGUUUUCUCCAAACUUUCAGACAACUCGAUAUCCAGCUACGAGCGCUACCUGGGCAGCGGCGGCCAGGCUCCCCACGGCCGGCUGAAGAGCGACCCGGCGGUCGACGACAAGACGCAGAAGCAGAGCAGCCAGAUCGCGAAGGAGCUGUCCGACCUCGUGAUCUAUCUGCAGGCCAUCAAAUUCCGCGGCUUGAACAUGGCGCCCGGACCGGCUAGCGUGAGCAAGACGAGCCGCCACCAGCCGCACACCGGCCAGGUGCAGAGGCACAGCAUAGCGGGCAUCGGGACCAGUGGCGUGGCCGGCUCCUCCUCCGGCUCGCCGCAGAGCCUCUCCACCUCCACGUCGAUCGCCAGCGGCGGCAGCAAUAUCGAGAAUCCCUUCAGAUCGCAGCGGGGCAUGCCGGCCUGCUUCCAGACCUCCUCGCUGAACGAGAGCGCAGCCAAGAAAAUCUGCCGCAAGCAGCCUCUGGGCGUGCUGGGGCACGCGGAGACACAGCUGAUCAGGACCUACCCGGCCGGCAUGCGCAUCGACUCGUCCAACUUCAACCCGGUGAUAUUCUGGGCGUUCGGCAUCCAGAUGGUCGCGCUGAAUUACCAGACGGACGACGCGGCCCUGCACCUCAACGCGGCGAUGUUCGAGCAGAACGGCCAGUGCGGCUACGUGCGCAAGCCCUCCGUCAUGUGGGACAAGAAGCACAUGAUGUACAGGCGCUUCAACCCCUGGGACAAGGAAUUCGACGGGCUCCACUCGGCCCACCUGACCCUGUCGAUCAUCUCCGGGCAGUACGUCUCACCGUCGAAUCUGCUGAGCAGCACGUACGUCGAGAUCGAGCUGGUCGGCAUCCCGAUCGACUGCGCCAAGCACAAGACCAAGGUCAUCCAGGGCAACUCGCUGAACCCCAUCUGGAACGACAAGUUUUGCUUCCAGGUGAUGUUCAAGGACCUGGCCUUUCUUCGCUUCGGCAUCAUGGACGCGAGCUCGCACCACCCGAUAGCUCAGCGCGUCCUGCCCCUGAAAUGCCUGCGCCCAGGCUACCGGCACGUGCGGCUGCGCACCAUGAAGAACCGGGCCCUCGCCCUCUCGACCCUCUUCAUCUACUCGCGCAUGGAGGAGGAGAGCCUCGACUACAACACCUGCUGCCGCGACCACAAGGACGCCUCGAAGCGGCUCUCCUCGAGCAAGGAGCCAGAGAAGCUGACGGCCGUCGAGCCGGCGGGCCUCGGCGGCGUCACCCUCAAGCGGCGCAUGUUCUUCCUCAUGGUCUACCACGUCAUGCCCGAGGAGCCCUACACGAUCCUCAAGGUCACGCAGGAGAGCACGACGCACGAGGUGAUGCUGCAGGCGCUCCAGAAGGCCAACAUCUCUUCGGACCACGUGGACGAGUACAUCCUCGUGGAGGAGGUGUCGCGCGGCUGGGAAAAGCGGGACCGCGAGGAGCUGCCGACCCAGCGCGUCCUCGACCAGACGGAGCAGCCGUUGCAGGCGCAGGCCCUCUGGAAGGGCCAGGGCCGCUUCCUGAUGAAGCGCGUCGGCGACGACCCGAGCAGCCGGGCCUGGCUCGCCUCUAUCCGCAGCACGGCCGGCCACUCGAAGCUCGGCGAGAACGGCGGGCCCGCGGCGGCGGCGAGCCGCGACCGCGAGCAGGCGACGCACAUCUGGGAGGAGGCCGACACCUUCCUCGUCUGCGUCUACAACGUCUCGCCGGACAUCCCGUACGCGAUCCUGCGCGUGCCCGUGACCAGCUCGGCCCAGGACGUACUCGCCCAGGCGCUGGUCAAGGCGCGCCGCAUGGAGGAUCCGACCAAGUUCGCCCUGGUUGAGGAGCUCGAGUGGGGCGGCACCGGCGCCGUCGGCAGCGGCAAGUGCCAGUUCCGCAUCCUCGGUGACAACGAGAAUGUCUACAGCACGCAGGCCUUCUGGAAGACGCUGGGCCGCUUCAUCCUGCGGGAGCGCGAGCAGGCCGUGCCCCGGCGGCACCUGCUCCCGGCAACCCUCGACCGGCUGAGCAAGGGCUUCUCAGUCGGCCGCUCGGUCUCGUUGCCCGGCUCGAGCAAGGAGAAGGUCCCGGUGGCCGAGGCGCUCUCUGACCCGACCUCGCGCACCGCCAGGCACCGCUUCCUACUGCCCGGCAAGAGACGCGAGGUGCACUCGGACGGCGAAGACGCCCGCGAGUCCGACCUCAUGAACGCGGCGAUGCAGCUCAAGAAGAUGUCGCUCCGCAAGUUCUGCGCCUGGAAGUCAUAGUGGCAGUCGAGGGCGGCGUCGCUCUCCUCGAUCUUUGCGUCCCGGAGGAACUGACCGGCCCGUUCAAGGGCGGAGAACGACUCGCGCGUCGCCCCCGGCAUUCUCUGAAUCCGCCGCCGGAUCUCCGCAAACCCGCACUCGUCCCCGGCGGCAUCCCUCCUCCUCCCGGUCCCCGCAAUUAGGCGGUUCUCCUUUCGUCGUGCGUGUACUCUUUCGUCGUUUUCUACAACCACGCCGUGUCAGGCUACUUAUAAAGAUGGCUUUCUACAAGAUCUCGGCACAGCUCGUUCUUCAAUUGUAAAAUGCUAUCUCCGGAUGUACACUUCAGGACUUUCGUUCGUUAAGCAACGAUUAAGCCACAACUCUGCUCUACCGCGCAUAUUCGCAUCCGACGUUUCCACACACCUGCUCAUCACUGUAUACCUUCAUAUCCGCGAGUACGCAGGAAGUACACUCCAACACUUUACGAUAGAAUUAUUAAUAAACAAGAAAUAUAUAUAUAUAUAUAUAUACACGUACACACGCGUAAACAAAUGGCUUACAAUACUCGAAGAGACAAAAAGAAGCACGCAAAUACGCUCUAGGGACAAGAUUUAUGUACCCUCGGUACAUAUCUCGUUAUAUAAUAAAUAUAUAAUCUAUAACAGCAGGAAUUACCAAAUAACUGAAACGCCUACUCUAUACAUUACACACUGUUUGUAAUUAAGAAAAAUGAAGAAAUAUUGAAGACGAUGUACUGCGUAUUAUAUACAUACAUAUAAAUACGUUAAUGCAUAAACAAAAAAAAAUAUAUAUAUAUAUAUACAUAAAUUAAUUUUCUUACGGCCUGCUCGAGGCUAAAUAUAUAAAUUAUAUAUAACCUAUACCGCAGAGAGUUCGCAAACUUUUAUUCGGGAGACACGGCUACUGUGUACAUCUUUCAAUGAAUUUAAAAAGUAAACAUUAAACGCAGUGAGGUCACGCAAGACAUUCGACGAAAAUAGAAAUGUACACUGUAUGGCACUUAUUUCUCGCGCAGAGAUGCUGUGCGCUUUCUUUCGCAAUAUUGACGUAUGAUGCUGAGGCCCAAAGCGAAUGCUUCUCAAUUAUCAUCAGCAUCUCGUUUCUUAUCGAGACGCGGAUUCUGAUAACAGACAUUAUUACAUAAAUCGAGCGUGUGUGCAUAAGAGAUAUUUGCGAAUUCUCGUCGAGGUGAUACGUUUUAUAAAAAAAUGCUCAUUUUCCGUUAAUUUGUUUCGAGAUAACCAAAAUUAUUGCUUAUUAUAUUAUUUGCAACAACAAAAUCGAUGGUUAUAUGCAAGCUUACGCAUAAAGUCAUAAAACUUAUAUGAGCAAUAAUCAUAUAUAUAACAGCUAUUAUACGCUUUAGGGUAACGUAAAAAUUUAGAAGCAAUUGGUAAAUACAGACGCAUAAUGUAUGCUAACAUGCUUGAGCAGAAAGUUUAUUGAUUGAGCUGACCAAGCAUUUGCCUUGCGACAAAAAUAGUUUUUGAACGGGGUCUUCGAAGGCAAUAUUUGUUAUGCACAGAUGGCUCUCCGAGACAUUCAGUAUUUUUUGAGAUAGCUGCACGCGGCGGGUCUUUUGCGUGAUGAUGAAAUAAUCUCUACGCGCCAUAUAAACGGAUUAAAAAUGACGACGAAGAUGAAUAAUUGUUAACGAUAAUAUUAUUAAAAAAAAAAGUAUACAAAUAUUACACACAUAAACUUGAAACUCGAACGGUGUACUAGACUUAACAAUGUUCAUUCUUCAAACAAAUAAUAUAAUAUAUAAGCACACACACACACACACACAUAUAUAUAUAUAUAUAUAUAUAUAUAUAUAUAUAUAUGCAAAGAUUUUAAGAAAAGAACUCUCGUCGAGUGCCAAUUGCGUAUACUUCCAAGUCAAUGUCAACGCCAUCGAUUCGUCGAUCCCAAAUUCAAGGUCGCUAAAAACUACAACUUCAACAAAUCUCGGUAAAUUUUUCUUUUCUUACGAUACUUAUGUAAUAAAGUGCAAAAAAAUAUAAGAUUGCGCGAGGCGGAAAUUUUUUAAUAAAAACAAUAACCCCCAUUUUCGUGUCUCGCGCUUUAGAGACUUUUAUUUUUCUACAACGAAUAAACAAUAGCUAAGCAACUAAAGCAUCACCGUUUUUAAUGACUCAGAAAAAAAAAAUUUAUGUCAAACAUGAAGUACCUGCAUUCAUUCUAUUACUCGAAAAGCCAAAACAAAAUUUUGAUAUUUUACAUUUUGUUGAAUUACUAUGCCAAAUAAUUACAUUUUAUUAGUAUAAACGGCAAGAAUUUCGAUUGACUGAAAUGCAGAACAAAUUUUACAAAAGAAAAAGUUUGAAUACUACUUUGAAUUUUUUAAUAAAAGAAAGAUAAAGCCAAGUAAAUCUAAUUCAACUAUUAAUUAAACAAUCAACAAAUUUAAAAAGAAUGUACUUCGCGAUGAUGAAUAUUUUAUACUAGACUAGAGAAUCAUGAAAAUGCAUCUCGGUUGCUUUGAUUAAUGUUGGUUUAUUAUCUCUCAUGUAAUUUACAAUUGAAAGGACCAGCAAUCUUCUUACGAAUAUUAACAAAUCUAUAUCGUAACAGUUGCAUAUCCAGUUUGAAAAAACGCAAAAGUGUUUACAUAUGAAAUCAUAAUAUAUCAAUAAUUUUAUUUUUUUAAUCUUAUAACCGCGUCUUUUUAAAGCAUGAGGACUAUACAUGAUAAUCCAAAUAUUGAUCGACGCAAUCGGCUAAAGAGAUUUUUUGAAAAUCUCGUUUAUGUAUACUAUAAUAAAUAAAACAAUGGGCAUAAAAGUCCAGCUUCGUCUACGUCGUGUACCUGUUACGAUCGAUGGAUCGACGCGCAAUUAGGCAUAUUUUUCUUUAGGACCUCGAUCGGAGGUGGACAUCGAUUAGGCAUAGAGCAAUUAAUUCUUCGAGAAAUAUGGUAAAGAAUUACACACAAUGCGAUAAAAUAGCAAAUUUGGGAUAUUAAAUAUGAGGAAUUAAAAAAUAAAUAUUAGAAAACGUUUCUUCUACGUAUAUUAAUAUACGAAUAAAAUUUCGAACACGAACUUUGUCUUUUGAAGUUAAAACUUGAAACAUAUUUAUAAUAUUUGUGAUGUAAAUACAAUUUUUUGAUUUGAAUGUACUUAUUUGAAAAUGUUAUCAUGUAGCGUUUUGAAAAAGUGGGCUGUUAAAGUUAUUAUGUUUACAUGUAAAAUGUUGCAAUUUCUGUUGUACUGUUAUUUAAAUUAUUACAAAUUAUAAACAUAAAAAUGUCAAAUGUUUGUCGAAUUAUUUGAAUAAAUAAAAAAUGUUUAUGCAUACGGGAAAAUGUGUACCUCUAUAUCAGGUUGAGUAUGUAAAUUAUAGUUAUGUAUAAUUUUUAGAACACUCCAGAGAAUAUGCAAAUAAAAGUUAUUUGUUUUCUUAAUUUUUAUAUAUUUUUAUUCACUUAUAAUAAACAUGCAGUUAUCAUGCUAUAUUUAUACUUGUUAGUGUGUGAAUUUAAACUUGUACAAUGAAAAAAAAGACUUCGUGUUCGAGAUUA